AUGAGCCUUGAACACAACAGGUUGGGGACAGAUGAGAGUCUGCAUUCAAAGGUUUUCCAGAAGCAAGAUGCUGCAGGAGAUGCUAUUCAUGACUGUGACUCAUAGGCACCAAGUAAAGACACGGUUCAUGCAGGGAAGACCCUCUACAAAUGCAAAGAAUGCAGGAAAGUAUGCGACAAGAAUUGCCUCCUUGUUCGACAUCAGCAGAUUCACACUGGAGUGAAGCCUUAGGAUGCCACAUGUGAAAAGGUAGACUUUGCUUGACACAUGAGGAUUCACGCUGGGGAGAAGCCCUAUAAGUGCAUAGAGUGUGGGAAGGUCUUUAACCGGAGGUCACACCUCACACUCCACCAGCAGAUCUACAGUGGCAAGAAGCCCUCUAAGUGCAGUGAAUGUAGAAAGACCUUCCGCUGUCAUGUUUUUGUCCAGCAUUACAUGACCCACAAUGACAAAAAACUCUUUGGGCACGAAGAGUGUGGGAAAGCCUUUCAUUACGACUCUUCCUUAACUCGACACAGGAGGAUUCACACUGGAGAGAAGCCCUAUACGUGCAGUGAAUGUGGAAAGACCUUCCCCUUCCACUCUGACUUUAUCCAACACGGUAAGACCCUCACUGCACAAAAGCCCUAUGAGUGUAAAGAAUGUGGGGAAGGUUUUUGCUACAGCUUCUCCCUCACAUGACACACCAGGAGUCACACUGGAGAGAAGCCCUGUGAGUGCAGUGAGUGUGGAAAGGCCUUUGACUACCACUCUGCUUUCAUCCGGCCUAUGACAAUCCACACUAGAGAAAGGAAACAUUGA